AUGAAAUCAUAGAUUGAAGUUUUAAUUCAUUUUAAGAAAUUCACCAACAUCGAUCUCUUCACUUAAGGCAUCUAUCAGAUAAGAGUCCACAUACCUGAAGCCUAGCCUUACUUGAUCUUUCGUUCAAUCAGACAAGAUCCAUUUACAUCAAAUGAGGUUGAUUAAAAUUUCGUAUUCUAUAAAGAGAAUAUAGAGGACAAAUAUUUCUAUUCACAAGGAUUCUUGAUUAGAUAUGAAGAUGAAUAAAUCUCAACUAACAUAGGAUGCAUAUUUCGAUACUAAGAGAAUUAAAAUAUAGAAAUCGUUAUUGAAUUACUAUUUGUAGAUAAAAAGCUUUUAGGAGAAAUUUAUGUGGAUGACAUAGAGACAAUUGCCUUGUCACUCAGAUAAUAAAUGCAAGUAAUAUCGAAAGCCACAUUAACAGUGUCAAAUCCGCUGAUCUAUAAUUAAGCAUAUUAUCCUGUGGAGUUUGAUUCGGCCCACUUCUGUCUAUUGGAAACUUAGAUACAUACAGUUCCAAUUCAGUUUUCAUUUACUAAGGAGUAAUUAACGGCGGAACUUCAAACGCAUGAUAAAUUUGAUGAAGUAAUAAAUAAUUCCAUUAAUUUAUUGUUGAAUAAUAGGAAAUAGUUAAUUAAAUAACUUGGUAAUUUGCAGAAUAAUAAGAAACUAAUACAGUUAUAGUAUUAGGAGAAGUAACUGCAGUUUGAGGAUGAAGAUAAAGAAAAUAAAAUUAUACAAAGUCUACACGAUCUCCAUAGUGAUAUGUAUAUAUUAUGGUGUGAACUUGUGAAUGCGAUCAAGGAGACACAUCAAAAGAUAUAGGACUAAUUGGAAUAGGAAUAUUUAUGUCAAAUGAUUGAGAGGUGGCAAAAUUGUGUACUCCUAAAUAAAUCUGAAGUUAAACAAUUGGAUUAGGUUUAUUAAAAUGGAAGAAGCAAUCAUGAAAUAGCUAAGCAUAAGAGAAAUCAAAUUAGUUCUUAAGAAACAGAUGCUAUUAAGUAUGUUGAAUUACUUCAGCCUUUAAAUACAAAUCCAUUCAUAUUCAAACAGACCUGCGUAUAAAAUGGAUUUUUGUAGAAACCGUAAAAUUCUCUUGUUCAUUAUGUCGUCCUGGUUCAUGGAUAUCAAGGAACUUCAUACGACAUGAGAUAUUGGAAAUCCAUAUUGACAAUCAGAUUCAAGGAAAAGAUUAGAUUGAUAUGUCCAACGUGUAAUGAUGGCACUUCAAAUAAACCUAUUUCAGAAUAAGCCAGAUUACUUGCUAAUGAAGUCAUAAACUAUUUAAGUGAUGAAAAUGUAACCUAAUAUAGACUGUCAUUUAUUGGUCAUUCUCUUGGAGGAGUAAUUAUAAGAGCUGCUCUGCCUCAAUUGAGUGAAUAUAAACAAUUUAUGCACACUUAUGUGAGUCUUGGAUCUCCUCAUUGUGGAUAUGCUUCAUCUGAAAGUGUCUUAGUAGAUACUGGGUUGAUGAUGAUCUAAAAGUGGAAUAAAUGCAAGACUCUUGAGGAGUUAAGUUAAAGAGAUCACAAAGAUAUUAAGAAUACUUACAUCUAUACUUUGAGUAAGGCGGAGGGAUUGAAUUGGUUCGAUAAUGUAGUUGUAAUGUCCUCGUUUCAAGAUCAUUAUGUGCCCUUCCAUUCUGCUCUGAUCUAAAAAAUCGAGAAUGCCAACGAUCAGAGAGUUUAGGCUUAUAAUGAGAUAGUUUCAAAUAUUUUAUCAAAGUGUGGUAAAAUAGACCGAUUUGACAUUAAUUUUUUGAUAACCAAAAAAAAAUUGGAUAAGUUUAUAGGGAGAGCAGCUCAUAUUGAAUUUAUCGAUAAUUUAAUCUUAGUAAAAAUGUUUGCUUACUUAUACGAUGAAUAUUUUCAUUGA